AGUGUCUUGGCUUGAAUUGUGUCUCCCAAAAAGAUAUGAGGAAGUCCUAACUCCCGUACCUGUGAAUGUCACCUUUUCUGAAAAGAGAGUCUUUGCAGACCUUAUCAAGUUAAGAUGAGGUCAUGAGGGUGGUCCCCAGUCAAAGAUGACUAGCGUCUUUUUAAGAACAGAAGACAGAGACAUAAAGGGAGAAGAUGGCCAUGUGGUAACAGAAGCAGCUGUUGGAGUGAUACACCUAUAAAACAAGGAGUUCAGGCUGUCAGCAAACACCAGGAGGUGGAAGAGCAAAUUGCAAAGAAAUGGCUCAAAAGCUUCAGCUCUUUCUGUGCCCUGGGAGCUGAGAUGCACGUCAGUGGCCUUGCCAGCGUGGCCAAUUCUCUGCUGACUGCCAGAAAAAAGAGGCCAGGAAGAAAGAGGAAAGAGAAGAGAUCGCUCAGGGUCUGUGGUGUGUGGUCCAUCCUCUCGCUGAGCACAUUGAAAGGAACUGACUAUCUUUAAUCUCUACCUCCAGAUCAGAGUCAAGGAAUGUGUUUAUAAUGGACACUUCAUCCAAAGAAAAUAUCCAGUUAUUCUGCAAAACUUCAGUGCAACCUGUUGGAAGGCCUUCUUUCAAAACAGAAUAUCCCUCCUCAGAGGAAAAGCAACCAUGCUGUGGUGAACUAAAGGUGUUCUUGUGUGCCUUGUCUUUUGUUUACUUUGCCAAAGCAUUGGCAGAAGGCUAUCUGAAGAGCACCAUCACUCAGAUAGAGAGAAGGUUUGAUAUCCCUUCUUCACUGGUGGGAGUUAUUGAUGGUAGUUUUGAAAUUGGGAAUCUCUUAGUUAUAACAUUUGUUAGCUACUUUGGAGCCAAACUUCACAGGCCAAAAAUAAUUGGAGCAGGGUGUGUAAUCAUGGGAGUUGGAACAUUGCUCAUUGCAAUGCCUCAGUUCUUCAUGGAGCAGUACAAAUAUGAGAGAUAUUCUCCUUCCUCCAAUUCUACUCUCAGCAUCUCUCCGUGUCUCCUAGAGUCAAGCAGUCAAUUACCAGUUUCAGUUAUGGAAAAAUCAAAAUCCAAAAUAAGUAACGAAUGUGAAGUGGACACAAGCUCUUCCAUGUGGAUUUAUGUUUUCCUGGGCAAUCUUCUUCGUGGAAUAGGAGAAACUCCCAUUCAGCCUCUGGGCAUUGCCUACCUGGAUGAUUUUGCCAGUGAAGACAAUGCAGCUUUCUAUAUUGGGUGUGUGCAGACGGUUGCAAUUAUAGGACCAAUCUUUGGUUUCCUGUUAGGCUCAUUAUGUGCCAAACUAUAUGUUGACAUUGGCUUUGUAAACCUAGAUCACAUAACCAUUACCCCAAAAGAUCCCCAGUGGGUAGGAGCCUGGUGGCUUGGCUAUCUAAUAGCAGGAAUCAUAAGUCUUCUUGCAGCUGUGCCUUUCUGGUAUUUACCAAAGAAUUUACCAAGAUCCCAAAGUAGAGAGGAUUCUAAUUCUUCCUCUGAGAAAUCCAAGUUUAUUAUAGAUGACCACACAGACUACCAAACACCCCAGGGAGAAAAUGCAAAAAUAAUGGAAAUGGCAAGAGAUUUUCUUCCAUCACUGAAGAAUCUUUUUGGAAACCCAGUAUACUUCCUAUAUUUAUGUACAAGCACUGUUCAGUUCAAUUCUCUGUUCGGCAUGGUGACGUACAAACCAAAGUACAUUGAGCAGCAGUAUGGACAGUCAUCCUCCAGGGCCAACUUUGUGAUCGGGCUCAUCAACAUUCCAGCAGUGGCCCUUGGAAUAUUCUCUGGAGGGAUAGUUAUGAAAAAAUUCAGAAUCAGUGUGUGUGGAGCUGCAAAACUCUACUUGGGAUCAUCUGUCUUUGGUUACCUCCUAUUUCUUUCCCUGUUUGCACUGGGCUGUGAAAAUUCUGAUGUGGCAGGACUAACUGUCUCCUACCAAGGAACCAAACCUGUCUCUUAUCAUGAACGAGCUCUCUUUUCAGAUUGCAACUCAAGAUGCAAAUGUUCAGAGACAAAAUGGGAACCCAUGUGCGGUGAAAAUGGAAUCACAUAUGUAUCAGCUUGUCUUGCUGGUUGUCAAACCUCCAACAGGAGUGGAAAAAAUAUUAUAUUUUACAACUGCACUUGUGUGGGAAUUGCAGCUUCUAAAUCCGGAAAUUCCUCAGGCAUAGUGGGAAGAUGUCAGAAAGACAAUGGAUGUCCCCAAAUGUUUCUGUAUUUCCUUGUAAUUUCAGUCAUCACAUCCUAUACUUUAUCCCUAGGUGGCAUACCUGGAUACAUAUUACUUCUGAGGUGCAUUAAGCCACAGCUUAAGUCUUUUGCCUUGGGUAUCUACACAUUAGCAAUAAGAGUUCUUGCAGGAAUCCCAGCUCCAGUGUAUUUUGGAGUUUUGAUUGAUACUUCAUGCCUCAAAUGGGGAUUUAAAAGAUGUGGAAGUAGAGGAUCAUGCAGAUUAUAUGAUUCAAAUGUCUUCAGGUACCAAAUCAAAAGCAUUCCCGCAUCUCACUGCUACAGCAUCCCAGAUUUACACAAUGCCACUGACACUAACAAGUUUUCAUGUCAUUUCACUGCUUGUAAGACAUAUAUAUCUGGGACUAACUGUGAUACUGGGCACAGUGUCAAUUCUCCUAAGCAUUGCACUACUUUUCAUUUUAAAGAAAAAUUAUGUUUCAAAACACAGAAGUUUUAUAACCAAGAGAGAAAGAACAAUGGUGUCUACAAGAUUCCAAAAGGAAAAUUAUACUACAAGUGAUCAUCUGCUACAAACCAACUACUGGCCAGGCAAGGAAACCCAACUUUAGAAACAUGAUGACUGGAAGUCAUGUCUUCUAAUUGGUGGACAUUUUGCAAACAAAUAAAUUGUAAUCAAAAGAGCUCUAAAUUUGUCAUUUCUUUCUCCUUUCAAAAAAGGUCUACUUUGUUUUUGGCCCUAGGCAUUAGGUAAUAUAACUGAUAACAAAUAUACUGAAACAUAUAACAGAAGAUGCAGAUGAUAAAACUAAUUUUGAACUUUUAAAUUUAUAUAAAUUUUUAUAUCAUUUACUUAUUUCACUUUAUUUUGCCUUGUGCUCAUUGAUAUAUAUUAGCUGUACUCCUAGAAGAACAAUUGUCGCUAUUGUCACACAUGGUUAUAUUUAAAGUAAUUUCUGAACUGUGUAAUGUGUCUAGAGUAAGAAAAUACUGCUAACAAUUAAAUCAUACCUUGGGUGCCUUCAAGUAUUACUCCUACAGUAUUUUCUCCCAUAGCUGUCUUCAUCUGUGUCUUUUAAUAACGAUCUUAGGAUGGAGCAGAACAUGGAGAGGAAGAUUUCAUUUUAAGCUCCUCCUUUUCUUUGAAAUACAAUAAUUUAUAUAGAAAUGUGUAGCAGCAAAUUAUAUGGGGAUUAGAAUUUUGAAUUAAUAGCUCUUCUGCUAUUCAUCUACAUGUGCUUUUCGUGUGGCGCUAUAAGUGACUAUGGUUGUAAAGUAAUAAAAUUGAUGUUAACAUGCCCUAUUGUUCUUUUAUGAAUUCAAUGAAUUUAAAACUAUUGUUAAAUAUAAUACUGCCCCACUUUAAUAUAUGUAAGCAACUUCCUACUUAUAUACAUGAUGUGUUCCUAAAACAUGUUUGAAAGGUGAAUUUCUGAAAGUCUACAAUAAAUGUAGGUGUUACAACAGGAA